CAGAUCUGCACGUAUUGUGAAGAUUCAGAUCACAUCCUGGGCCUCUCGGUGACGUCUCUCAAUAGAUUGCGCACUACGCUCUUCGAUUGCUUCCACCCACUGCAGUCAACGUCACUUUACCCGCACAUCGACCACCGACGACUUUCGGCCGGCUGUGUUUACCGACUGGUUGUUUCUCGGUCGCCUGCUCUGGAGACGUCGGCGAAAUCUAGACCGGUCUCCCCGAGUCCUCUUGAUUAUGCGGUCAUGACGACGGCGGUCGUGACAAGAUUUCCGCGCUCGUCAUCGAGGCAAGGUUGAGACGGUGAUGCAACUGUACCCGUCGUGUCGAUCAUGGGCUCGAUGCUCAUAACAAAACCAUCAAGAUGGCCUGUAUAUCGCCACAAGCGUCGUCUUCUACCUCUCUAUCAAGUAAUCCCACACGACUCGUGAUGUUUGUCAAGGUCUCCUAUGUCGGUGCGUACCCACCGUACUUCAUCAUCGAAAACAACGAUCAUGGAGAGCAUCAACCUCUCGCUGCCGAAUGGCGAAAAUGCAUAAUCGAAUAUCUCGACGAAGGCGGCGCCAACUUUAUCUUCACCCUACGGCCCGCCAGUGAUCCUCUCGACCUGCCUUCACGUCUCCGCGGAAAGCUCCUUCGUUUGCCUAAAAGCCUCCCACACGUCCUCCCUGCCGACGAGCAGCUCCAGACUUUUCGACGCAACUUCGGCAACCUCUUCCCUGUCGAGCACAUCAUCAUCGCCGAGCUCGUCCGCGUCGACCACAGCGUCGUCGCCGCGCUCAACAAUGGCCUCGCGCACAUGCAACCCUCCACGAGACCGCUCCACCGCCUGACGGAUCUUCUGCCAGACAGCGACAUGGCUGGCCAGCUGAUAACCGACAUGACCACGGCGCCUGGCCAGACCCUCGUUCAGCUCAAACCGAAAUGGCUACAUCAGUCCCCCAAUGCCCCGACCAACUCCCGCCGAUGCAGGACCUGCGCGCUCCGCGCCUACCGCGCCGCAAAACGCGAGAGGACAGCCUCCGACGCGCAGGAAAUCUGCCCAUUGGCGCUCAUCCACGGCGAUAUAACGAUUCGGCGACAUGCGUUCGCCCAAAUCACAGCCGAUCGCAAACUCCGCGAAUACCUGGCGGUGGACGCACAGCCUCUACUACGGGAGCUACGCGAGUGUCAAGUCGACUUCGACGAGGCCGGCGUCCUGGGCGUAGAGAGCGAAACCGCGAUCAAAAGUCUCUGCAAAGCGAUGACCUUGCGGGACUGUACGCUUUACGUGCGAAGGAACGGCGAACAAGGCAGCGAUGACGGAAGCGAUGACGAGAACUACGCCGCCGGCGGCAGCAAACGUGCCGAUGAUGGCGUAGAGGGAGGGACCAGCGAGGGGGACUCGACCAUUGAAGCGAGACUGGGGGAUCUCGAUCUCAAACUCCCUGGACGAUUGGACUACUGGAAACGAACGGAACAGGAUCUGGUCGAUGGCGGGUGGUAUACGAAUGAGGAGGAUGCGGCGCUGCGCACGCCGGAGACGAUCUGUACGCUUUCGGUCGAUGGCUCGUGAAUUUGAACGCGCCCUCUUCCCUCUUCACGGGAGAUCCAAAGCUCACAGAGGCCUUGGGUUUGAAACGGAUCCUCAUCCAACAGAUAUCAUCAUCACAGCCUUCUCGGUAGAUACCCCAACUUGCGAGCAAACGUGAGAAAUUCUCCGACUUGAGAAGCGGCAGGGAGAAGAAAUAGCCGGAACAGAGAUAU